CCUCCCCUCCCAGAGCAUGCCCUGCCCGCCCCUACCUGGUACCCGCACUUCCCCUUUGCAAGCCUGAGAGUGUGAGAAAGCGCGGUGACGCGAGAAACCACGCGCGUGUGUGGGAGACAGAAAGAAAAAGGCGGCCAGACUAUCCAGCCAUGGCUGAGGCCUUGUACGAUGCCAUCCACGGCGCACUCUGCGAGCAGAUCGGCCAAACAGCCGAGCAGCCUGACGUCGGGUCCGACGACUGGCUCGUGGCUCUGGCCUCGGGCUUCCCCGUGGCGCCGCUCCUGUGUCGACUGCUGUUGAGCCCGCCCCCAAGCAAGGCCGGACGCCAUGGGCCGGAUCUGAUUCUGGUAUGCAGUGCGGGGGCCGGGCCCGGAUCCGGGGCCGGGGGCACCCCCGACGCCGGGGACGCCCUGUCCUCGGCCACCGCUAGCCUGGCGCUUCUGGGGGCCGGGGCGCCGCGCAUUGUCUCCGAGGCGGUCAAGCCCUCUGCCCGGCAGGAUUUGUAUGCGGCUCACCCGGAGGAUGGAGUCCCGGCCGUGGCGGCCACCGCGCGCGUUCUCAUCUCCGACAUGCUUUCCAACCGGGUGGACUUUUCCCGAGUCCGCCGGGCCCUCAUCCUCCUGCCAGCGCGCCUGACCGACCGCGGAGGAAACCCCGGCGCCGGUGGGAGUGCCAACAGCCCUGACGACGGGCCCGCCGGGCCGCGAGGCUUCGGCGACUCCGAUGGCCUGGCCCCGACCGACGCCCUGGCGGUGACCCUGCUCAAGGGCCGCGUGCCGCUGCUCUUCCUGGCAGCGCACCCGCUGGCCUUACCGCGCCUGGCCAUCUCCCUGGUCGGGCCGAACAUCAGCCUCUGGCCGCGAUUUCGCCAGGAGGUGCAGCACCUUCUGGACGGGGAGUCGGACCACCCGGACGGCUCGACCCCGGCCGCACCGGUGUCCGAAUGUCUAGUGAGCCCCCUUCGCGGAGCGGCCACCGCACAGGCUCACCUCCUGGAGCUCCUGGCCUCCUCGAUCCGGGAAGUUCAAUCACGCGCCGGGCGCUCCUUCUCCGCCAGCCAGCUUGCAAUUGGCACGGUUUUCGAGCGGACCUUCGAGCGUACCCUGCGUCGAGUUGAACGCGAGAUGGGCCUGCCGAUGGGCCGCAUGCGUGAGUUUGCCGCCCGGGAUCAAACCGGCAAGGAUGGCCUCGUGCAAUUGAUCGACGGCUUGCGCCUGCUCCGACGUCUCCUCUUCCAACUUCACUCGGAGGAUGCGGUCACCGUGUACAGCCACAUGCAGGAUAUGAUCGCGACGGGCCCCUCAUGGACCCUUUCCCCUGCCUUUGAGCCCCUUUUCCAAGCCCUCCGGGCGCGGGUGUACCUGCCGGCAUCCGGCGCCCUGGACACUCCGGACCAGGCAACUGGCCCCUACCAGCCCGCCUCGCCCGCCGGAACGCCGGAGCACAGCGAAGUCGCCGCCCUGCUGGCGGCCGGGCUGCGCCCAGCCUUCGAGGUGGAUCCCCGCUGGGCGGCCCUCCGGGCGCUGCUUGCCGCCGCCCAAUCCCAGCCAUGCCUGGUGCUGGUGCGGAGCCGACGCACGGCCAUGCAGCUGUAUCGCCUGCUCCAGCGCGACCGGAUGGCCGAUGCGUCCCGGGGAUCGGUGCACCCGGCCGACCUUCGGGAGCUCGAGCAAGCCUGGCUCCGCUAUUGCCAGCGCCGGCGCCUCCACGGGCAGUCGGUGGUGUCAGACGUGGCCCGGGCGUCGAGUCCCGGGGCGACGCCCUCACCAGGCCCGACAAAGCGCCCUCGCUUCGAGACCCCGGCUCAGCGCUUUCGCAGCCGGGCUGCCGCGGCAUCGGCCAGCAAGUCGCCCGAGUCCCCCGCCUCGGGCCCGAGCACGUCUGUCGAGACGCCAGCCACGCCGGGGCCUUCGGGAGGUGGCACUCCGAUGACACCGGGCGAUGAUGCAUCUUCCGGGCCGGUUGUCUGGCUGGAUGACGAAGAUUCGCCUGGCACCGGCGGGGAUGAUGGCGGCAUCCUGCACAUCGACUAUACGUACUUCGCCCUGGUGGAUGCCAGCCGGCCGACGGUCAGCUUUGUGGCCAUGCUGGACACCACGCCGGAGGCCUUUUAUGAGUACCUCCUGUCGACCACGGCCGGCGGCGGGCCCCAUGUCAUUCUGUAUGAUGUGGAGCUGGCCUUCCUGCGAGUGGUGGAGCUGGUGGCCGCCGGGGCCCGGGGCCCGCAGCAGCCGGCCGCCCUUUCCGGUGUCAGUUUGAUCAAUGUCCAAAACUCGGCCCUCGAACAGCAGUACCUCUCCGCCCUCAAGGUGGAACAUGCGGCCUUCAGUCGGCUGAUUGCCCGACGGACGACGGCCCCGUCCCCGGCUGCCCGGCCGCUGCUGCCAUUGUACGGCGAUUCGAGCGCACCUGCCGCCAGGGUGGGCCUCCUGCGAUCCGGCCCGACCAUCGAUCCGGCGGUGGCCCUCCUGCAGCCGGAGCGUCUGGCAUUCGCCGGUGAAAUGCCGGCCUCCCGAUACACCGGCCUGCCGGCUGGUGGCCAUGGUGGCUCUCGGGAAGUGGGCCCAGGCCCGCGCACGGUCAUCAUCGAUGUGCGCGAGCUUCGGGCCACCCUGCCACGAGCCCUGCUCGAGGCCGGCAUGGCCCUGCGGCCGAUGCAGCUCCGUGAGGCCGAUUACAUUCUCGGCCCGGGGUUUGGAAUCGAGCGCAAGGCGCCGGCGGAUCUGCGGCAGUCCAUCCAGGGAGGCCGGCUGGCGGCCCAGCUGACACGCAUGGUGCGCGCCUUUCCCGAGGGAACCUUCCUUUUGUUGGAGGUCGGCCCGCGAGGCGGCGCUGGCCGGGUCACAACAUGGGUGCUGGAUCGGCUGGUGGAGAUCCUGGUGCACCUGUCGCGGCCCUUGGUGCUGGCCUCCGGUCGUCGGACGCACCCCGUGCGGCUGGUGUGGUCGCGGUCGGAUCGCCAUGCGGCGGAGCUUUUUGCCUACUUGAAGAGCCGCGUCCGAGAGCCGGAUCCCAAUCGGGAUGUCCCGGAUCUCGAACGCCUGGAUGGGCAGGUAUCUCGGGCCGCCGAUCAGACAGGAGAAGAGGAGGAGCUGGACCGGGAGGGGCUGCAGCAGCGCCAGCAACAGGAGGAGGCGGAGGAGCAACAGGCGACAGGAAAUGCCCAACGGCCGCCGGGUGUCCCCGGGGCGGGUGCCGCAGAUCGGCAGGGCUCCCAGCAGCCGCCUGUGGCGCCCGGGCGGUGGAUUCCAAACCAGGCCGCACAAACACGCUACCGCCUGCUUUUCCCAGGUCAGCCGAUCCCGCCGGCCCCCAGCCUCCCGGGUGAUAUGGUCACAACCAUUCGGAAUAUUGUUCUUGAAUAGAGUGAGAAUGCUGUUGC